CGGCGGGCUCUGUGAAAGACUGGCUGGAAACGCGUGUCUGUUUUAUGGAAAUAAACAUUCUUUUUUUGGCUUUCCUAGGAAAUGGCGGCAAACCUCUGAUGCCACUCUAUUAAUUGGGAUGUUUUUCAGUAAAAUCGUCUGCUCGUACAUGAAGUAAGGGAGUUUAAUCGCUUAAUUUUUUUUAAAACACGUGGAUGGUAUUAACGCUCGUCUUUUAUUUCCCAAAACUGCUGCGAGUUCUUUUUAUAGGGUAUUGAAAAGAGAUGUGCUACGUGAUCGUCACGUCACGGACACUAUUAUGGACUCUGCUGACUAUUGCCACCACUCUGUCCAUGCUGGCUGCCGUCGUCACCCCCACCUGGCUGAUCGGGGCGCCCAGAAGGCCUGGUCUCAAGAUGAGAGGCGAGACGUCAGAGCGGGAUCUCUAUUCCCCAUCUUUAGGCAUCUACAACCGCUGCAUCAAGAUCCACGAGAUCAACCGCAUGUACACCGACAACUGCGCCCCCUUCGUGACGAGCUUCGGUAUGCCCUCUGACCAGUUCCCCAACUUCUGGAAGGCCUCCCUCAUCUUCUUCGGGUGCGGCCUCUCCCUCAUGCUUUUCACCCUCCUCACCUCCAUCCUCGGAUGCUGCUUCAGGAGCAUCCUCAAAAAGAGCAUCUUCACCAUCUCCGGGACCAUACAGGCCAUUGCAGGCUUGUUUUACAUUCUGGGUCUGACGUUAUACCCAGCCGGCUGGAGUAGCAGACGAGUCCAUUUGAUUUGUGGGGAUAAGGCGGAGCCAUUCUCUCCUGGCGACUGUACUUUAGGUUUGGCCUUUUACCUCGCAAUUGGGAGCACGAUCGUCACCUUCAUCUGCUCUGUCCUUUCCGUUCAAGCGGAAGUCUCGACUUCCACAGAUAAAGUACAAGAUGAAAUACUGGAAGGAAAAACACUCAUAUGUUUGAUAUAAAUGAUUUAUAUCACGAGAAGAUGUUAUAAAAUUAUUUUUACUGUUAACAGUGCCACGAACCACGUUCCAGUGACUGUAACAAUGCCAUUACAGCAUUUUUUUUUUUUAUGGAAAUUUGUGGACCAUUUUUCUUUUUUUACAUUGAAGUUUUUUUGUGAAAAAUAUGGAGUCACACAGUUGUUCAGUAUUGCAUUUUUAAUACAAACGAUCGCAUCGGUUGAACAUUUUUUUAUGUAUUUUAUCAGCUUUUUGUUCUACUUUGUUAGAAUAAAAAAAUGUAUAAAAAUUUA